GAUGCUUGUUCUGCUACAGUCGACAGGCCAGAAGAAGGGCAUUGAUGCAUCAUAUCAAGGUAGAAAGAUAAUGAUAUGAAGACUCGUACGAAAACUAUAAAAAGGGGGUAGUCAUGAUCUUUCUCCAGCUUCAUUUUACCUCCUUUGUUCACCACCAAGCAUCAUCGUCCAGUCCAGUCCAGCCUUUUUCACAAGCAAAAAACCCCUCCACCCCCCCAAACAAAAUGCAGUUCUCCAUCAUCUCCAUCAUCACCCUCCUGGCCACCGUCGCCUCCGCGGCCCCCGUGGUCGAGGACGUGCAGGUCAUGCGCACCGUCGACGCCAGGGACACGAGCGUCUCGGCCGGCAGCAAGCUGGUGGCGCGCCAAGGCUCCAACGACCUGUCCGCCCUCGACAUCUUUGCGUCGGGCAGCUGCAACAACUACCAGACCACCGUCUUUGUCUCCAUCCCCGGCGGCGGCCCCGGUUCGAGCAACGGAAAGUGCUUCACCCUCGGGUCGAACGCUAGCGUCCGGACUACAUUUUUGAGGGGCAGCUGCACCUUGACCGUCUACACCGACAGCAACUGCAGCAACGGUGCGACUGCCUCGCGUGUGGGCACCUGCCUCACUCGCAACUGGAAGUCCUUCUCGGUUGACAACUGCUCUUAAGCGGUUCGAUACUCGUCCAAGGGAGAAGAGGGGCGAACAACAGAAAUCGGGGUUUUCAGGAGUCAGUGUCAAAAAGGCCAUUUAUAGAUUGGCAAGACGGAGUCUCCAAGGAGGUGGGGUGAGAGUGUUCUCUUCCUUGGCUUCUUACUGUUCUCUUUAUUUCAUCUCUAUCUUCUUAAUUUCCUUGUGUCAUGAACAUCUCGUACGAAGGCAAGGAGGCCUACCAUUCAAUUCUCGACAGUCUCUACCUAGAAAACAGCUUUUAGGAAAUUGAUCGAUCAAAAUUUCUUAUAUAC